AACCUUUUGAGUGUCUGUGAGUGAGAAAGAAAUGACACACAAGCUGAGCAUGGCACUGGCCAGAUCUGCCUAAAGAAGGAGCAAAAAGAGAGAGAAAGAGAGAGACAAAUGAGCUGAGAGACUGGGAAAGUUUUUCCUCCUUGCAGCAAGGAAGGAACCUUGACAGAGUGGAUCCAGAUCAGUGAAGAAUUAUACAAGAUCAGAAGAGAGAUCUCUCCUGAAGGUCACAUUCUCCUUCUCAAGCAGGCAUGUAUUUCAACAAUGAUACUGACAACUACUCAGUCAUGGAGGACUGUAACUAUGACGAAUGGAGUUCAUCCAGGAUCCUCAUACCGUCCAUCUAUUUGCUGGUUUUCUUCCUAGGCACCACUGGCAAUGGCCUGGUGCUCUGGACCAUUUUUCGGGGAGGCCAGGAGAAACGGCGAUCAGCGGAUACCUUCAUUGCCAACCUUGCGAUGGCUGACCUCACCUUUGUGGUCACCUUGCCGCUUUGGGCUACCUAUGCCAUCCUGGACUACCACUGGCCCUUUGGCUCAUUUGCCUGUAAGCUCAGCAGCUACCUGGUCUUUGUCAACAUGUAUGCCAGCGUCUUCUGUCUCACAGGGCUCAGCUUUGACCGCUACCUGGCCAUUGUUCCCCCCAUAGCGAACGCCAAGCUGAGAUCAAAGGCUAGUGGCCUUCUAGUGACUCUUACUCUCUGGGCCAUGGCAGCCCUCCUAGCCUUGCCAGCCAUGAUCUUCCGGAGGACAGCAAUUCUCAGUGGCCCUCAGGGGAAUGCCACGGUGACAUGCUUCAUGGAUUACUCGAGUGUGGCAACCAAUGAGACGGAGGCAGCCUGGGAAGCAGGGCUAGGCUUGUCUUCCACCCUCAUGGGCUUUGUGGUUCCUUUUGCCAUCAUGCUGACCUGCUACUUCUUCAUUGCCCGCACCAUUGCCGGCCACUUCCGAAAGGAGCGCAUUGAAGGGCUGAGGAAGCGGAAGCGCCUGCUGACCAUCAUCAUUGUCCUGGUGGCCACCUUUGCUGUGUGCUGGCUGCCCUUCCACUUUGUGAAAACAAUCUACAUGCUGAUGGAUUGGGAGGUGAUGCCCUUGUCCUGUGACUUCCACGUCUUUCUCAGCAACCUCCACCCAUACAGCAGCUGCUUGGCCUACAUCAACAGUUGCCUCAACCCUUUCCUCUAUGCCUUCUUUGAUCCCCGCUUCCGACAGGCCUGUGCCUCUGUCCUCGGCUGCACCCUGGGGCAUCUGGCAGGAGCUGCGGGGGACAAGUCAGCCAGUUACUCUUCCGGACAUAGCCAGAACCAUCUGGGGAAAGGAGCGGAGCCACAGAGGGAGAAACAGUGCCCUGACAGCCAGGAGACUCUGCUCCAGGGAUGAAAGUUGGACUAGAUCACACUCACAACUAUAAAGGACUUGGGAUAUAAUGAGCUCUCUUUCAUCCUGGCUUCCAACUCUUCUGUGGGUCUUCCUUUUCUAAUGCUAUUUUCUUAUUCAGUGUUUUUUCCCCUUUUUCUGACCUACAUCCCAUUCUGCCUCUCUUUGACUUUCCCCAUCCACUACUGUGGCCCCUCAGUUGCUGCUGGACUCUAACUCCCAUCAGUUCCAGCCAAUAGUGCCCAACGCUCAGGGGUGAUGGGAGCUGUAGUCUGGAGGGCCACAGGCUCCCCAUCACUGCCCUACAUUCUCCUGAGUUAUUUGUGUUUAACUGAGUUUGUCACUUGACCUCUUCUUUAAUAUGGAAUAUUCUGCACUGACAGAAUGAGCUAAGCUCUCAAGGAACAAUUAGCUUUGCAGCUAAAAAUAGUGGUUAUGGGAUUGAAGCAUAGCUCCACUAGGCAUUGGCUGUGUCUUCUGACCCUGAGUGCUUUCAGUGUAGUUUCUACAUACUCCUGUUCCCUGUGUGUACAAUAAAAAAGCAAUGCUGCUUAUUGGCACAGGGAUAUCAUGCAUAUAUAUGCCUUAAUUAAUGUUUCAUGACAUUCCAGUAGGGUGGCAGAAACGAGAGGGGACAGAGACAAGUUCAAUACUGGCUAUCCUAUGAGGUAAACACAGGCUGCAAUCCUAGGCACGCUUACUUGGAAAUAAGUCUAACUGAACUCAGACUUACUUCUGAGCAGACCUGACUAGGACCGCAUGGACAGUUUGCUCACCAGAGCUGUAGACGUUUUUCUAAAACUUCUAGGCAAACCCUGAAAAGUCUAGUAAGGCAGCAAGCCUAUGCACAUGAAGUCACUGGGACUAUUUCCAAAAACGAUCUGGAUAGAAUCAUCCAGCACAUCCCACUGAGUUCUGCUGGUCUUGCUUUCCAGUAAGUAUGAUAGGAUUGCAACCUUGGGUAGGGACUUUAAACUUAAGGUGAAUCCCCCCCCCAUGUCAACAUUCAUUCUGUUCCCUAAAUACUGACAAAUCUGACAGUAAUAACAUUCUCUAUAGCUGGUUUUCUUUUUUCUUUUUUUCUGUUGGAUCCCCUGUCUCAGACAUUUUCCCACCCACACUUCAGGCUCCAUUCUUCUUGUCAACAGCAGACACCUGGAGAUGUUAUUGCUGAGCGCAGCUCCCAAAUGCUCUAGACCUCCUGUGGGCCAAAAUGAUCAUAGCUUCAGAAAUGAGUACUUUUAACAUCCAGCACUAGGACUGGCACCAUGGACAGAAGACUCUGGCCUGCUACAAAUCUCCAUCCUGCAGAUGAAAUGUGUCUUCUGAUAUGCACUGAUAUCAAAUUGUGCUUCCCUUUGCUCUUCUCCCUCUUGUCCUGUUCCUUAAACCCCCACCAACUUUGUUUCCUGCCACAAGAUGUGAAGGACUGUGAGGUGUCAAAGCCUUCCCCCCCCAUAUGGUUUAGUAGAAGUGUUUUCUUUGUUUUCCAGUUUCUUAUGGUAUAUUCCCUUACUUUCCCCACAAUUCACUGGAAGCUGGCUUCCACAUGUGGGGGCAUGUGUACAGCAUCUCCCUUUUGCAGGCAAAAUAUGCAGAACAUGGUUUAACUUGUAUAGGCAAUAAGAGCGUCUUUUUCAGUGGUUGGGACCAAAUGGCAACUUGCCCAUCAUUUCCUUGUGUUGAUUCACCAGUUUAAUGUAUUGAGCCAAGCAGCAAAAAUGCUCUGGGCUCUUCCCCAUGACUCUAUUAUAGAGAUGUUCACUUGUUGCAUUUGCAUGUACACAAAUAGUUGAGCUGUGCAAAUCAACUAGUUACAGUCUUUCACACAAAUACUUGCACAUGUGUAGAGACAGCUUGUACCUGUGUUGACUGUAACAUGUGAACAAGCUUUGAGGAAUCUAUUGGGAAAUGGUUUAUGAAUGAAAUGAUUUUUUAAGUGCAUUCUUUGUUCUUAUUAAUCAAGAGACCCUAGUACAAAACUGGCCCAAAAAGUUUGAACUUCUCACUCACUUUAUUUUUAUAUCUGAUUUUUUUUUUAAACUCAUUUUUAAUUUGUGAAACGUUUUUGGAAAAAAGUUUUGCUGACCUUUUAAAUUUUUGGCAAAUGCUGCAUACUGAAAAAAGAGGCUUUUAGGAAUCAACUAUUCUGCAUGACUAAAGAAUAACAAACUUGGAAAUGCAAAUGUUUUCAUAUAGAUCCUAUUGAAACAAAAGUAUUCAUCAUUAUU